AUGUGGACCCCAGGGCGCGCCCCUCCCCGCGCUCGGCCGGGAGCUGCAGUUCCCACCUCCGCCGCCGGGGGCCGCGCCGACACCCCUCCCGACCCCCCCAAACCUAGCUGCACUCAGACGCGUGGACACGUCAGCGCCCGUCCGCCCCCGCAAGGAAGACGCUCAGAGAACCGGGGAGCCACCACCCUACCCCUGAGCGAGGGCUCGCUCCAGCGCAACGUGCCCGCGAGGCGCCGCCUCCCCAGAGUACCCCUCUCUCUCCCGCCAUCCCAAUUCUCCCCGGCGCGCCGGGCGGGAGGUGGUCACGGCGCUCAGGACGCGGUGGGAGGGCGCACUUCCUGCGGCCCGCCCCCUCCUUCCCGAGCGCGCGCCGCCUCCGGGCCCCCGAACGGCGCGCCCAGGCUGCGGGGUGGGGGUUGUCGCGGGCCGCUAGACCCCCAACGGGGCCUGAACCUGAUCCGCCCCUCGCGGGGGAGGGGAUCGAUCUUGCGGCGGCGGGGUACCGCGCGGCCCCACCCCCCGGUGCCGGCGCAGGCGUGGAGAGGAGGGGCCUGUGGGGGGGGGCGGGCCGCCCCGUCGUAA